AUGAAAUUUUCAUCUUUCUUAGCCCUCGCAGCCACAGUCGCUGGUAUUAGUGCCCACGGUGUACCACAAUCCUUCACCAUCAACGGACAAGGUUACCCUGCUUACGAUCCACAAGUUGACCCAUGGCAACCACACGCACCAAAGGUCAACCGUCCAAUGUCUGAUGAUGGUCCACUUUACAGCAAGGACGACCCUAUGCUCACUUGCAACAAAGUUGGUACCCAAACACCAGCUGAGAUGACCGCAGACGCUGCACCAGGCUCACCAUUUAUCAUCCAAUGGGACAGAUGGCCAUCUGAUCACAAAGGUCCUGUCCUCACUUACGCCAAGUUCUGUGGACCUGGCCACGACGACUGCAACAACGUUCAAGACAUCGUCAACGGAUGGUUCAAGAUCGAUGAAGCCGGUUACGACGCUAACACCGGCCAAUGGGCAUCCGACCAAUUGGUCGCUCAAGGUGCCAGCUGGACCUUAAACCUCCCACCAGCGGAGAACAUUCAACAAGGUUCCUACUUGAUCAGACACGAGAUCAUUGCUUUGCACUCUCAAGGUGCCCCACAAUUCUACCCACACUGUAUCCAAGUCUACAUCAACGGUGGUACUGGUAGUCUCCAAGGACAAUCUGUCUCUAUUCCAGGCAAUGUCUACUCCAACGCAGGCGAUGAUGGUACUCUCUUCGGCAGUAUCUAUAGUGCCGACGUCAGCUCAAUGUCUAUCCCAGGCCCAACUCUCGCCAACGGUGCGAUCUCAAACGCUUACCAAAAGCGCGAAGAGCCAGUCGCCAGACGCCGUCACCACGCAGGUCAACACUAAAUUAGCUUCUAGCUUUCAGAUAUCAUAAUGGCAGGCUCCCAUUGUUAUGAUCCUUCUAUAUAUCGGAUUUUCUUUUUUUAAUAUUUCACUCUUCC